AUGGAUCGGGAUUGGGAUCCCACCAACCCCCAGGGGUUGCGUGCCAUCCUCGAGCGGCCCCGUGUGAACGUGGCUCAGGCCUGCAAGGCUGUGGAACAGUGCAUCGCGGCCAAUCGGGAUAACCCGAGAGAGUUCUUCGAGCUAUGUUUUCCCUUCCUGCUGAAACGUCUCUUCGGCUACGACGGUGUCAGCUGGCUCAGCUCCCUCACCAAGGAGGGCAAGGCCCAGGACGUGGAUGCCCUGCUGGCGCUUCUCCACCCCGGCGGCCCGCUGUUCGGCGCCAUGCGGGACGCGGAUGCGGAUGGCGCCACACGCUUUCUUUUUCCACGCGAGCGCCUGCCCACCCACACCCAGCUGCUGCUGUGCAGCGGGGCGGGUCGCGCUGAGCUGGCGCGCUGGCCGCAGUACGGAGGCGGCACGCUGGUCGCCGACGCGGCGGGCCGGCCCUCCAUCCACAUGGGCGUGGCGCAGUACUUUUUUGCCUGGUUUGCAUUCUACGCGUUCCGCGGCGGCGAGGAGGCGGCCGCCUGGCCGGACUCCGCGCCUGGCCAGCCUGGUGGCGGCCAGGCCUCGGGCGCGCCCCAUGACCGCCUCCUGCCAGGCUCCAUGCGGAGGGCGGUGUCAGACGCGCUGCAUCUCCCGCUCCUGCACGGCCACGGCGGCCAGUCGGCGGGGGGCCAGGGCCAACAGCCCUACCUGGCCCUGCUUUCCUCCUUGCUGGAAGAGCUGGUGCCCGUGGGCGGGGGGGUGGCUGGCCCCUCCGGACGGACUCCAGCGCGCCGCCCGGAGCUGUCCCGGUCCCCCUCGCUGCACGCGCAGCGCACCCAGGCGCUGCUCCUCCUGUCCACACUGCCGCCCUCCGAGGAGCUGCUGGGCGCGCUGGGCGCGCUGGCCCGCCACGUCACCGUGGUGCCCGAUGCCGGCGGGCCCCGCCCCGCGCAGCAGGGCGCGGCGUGGCUGCCCUUCGUCCCCCUGCUCACCCCCGCCGCAGCGCCCGCCGCGCGGACGCAGGCCGUGCUGGCCGGGCCCAGCCGCCUGGGACCCGCCGCCUCGCCCGGCGCGCAGGCCCUGGCGCGGCGCCUCUUCCGCUUCCACCGCCGCGCGGCGUCGGCCUGGCCCGAGGCGCGGUCCACGCGGGCCCUAGCGCGGGCGCUGGGCGCCAUCCUGGCGCCCUGGAGGGGGGCAUCUGGGGCGGGCGACGGCCAGGGUCUUGAUGUCGGGCCGCCUGGCGCUGGGCCGCCCCACGGCCAUCACCUGGCCGACUACCUGACCACGCUGCGGCGCGGGACUGGCGGUCGGGAUGCCGUGAGGGGGCGCGGGGCGGCGGCGGCCGACCACCGCCGGGCCCCGGCCGCGGACGCGGCCGGGCGGUACUCGCCGGAGUGGGAGCCGCACGUGCUGGCCCACCUCCCCUUCUACACGGUCGUGCUGCCGCUGUUCCUGGAGAGCGCGGCGGCGCGGCUGGAGGCGCGGGGCGCCGGCGCCGCGCGCGACGUCGCCCUCCUGCUGGGCCCGCUGAGCUCCAGCCCCGAGCUGUGCGAGGUUCUGCGGCGGGCGGAGCGCGCCGCGGCGCCCAGCGCCGGCCGCGCCGGUGCGGCGGGCGGCCGGGCGGACGCCGGUCCGUAUGCCGACCUGGCGCCCUGGUUGGCGGACCGGGCCGCAGACUGGGAGGCGGCGGCCGCCGCGUCCUGGCACGCGCCGCAGCCAGGGACCGCGCCGUCCGCGCCCAGCCUGUUCGACCCGGCGACAGCGGGUGGGGUGUCCAGCGCCGCCGCGGCGGCGCUGGACCUGGCCAGCGCGGGCGACCAGGUGCUGCCGCAAGAAGGCGCCGCCGCGCUGCGGGCCUGCCUCGCCACGGUGUUUGACCUGGAAAGGGCGGCAGGGACGGGAGCUUCUGGCCCCGCGCCGGAUCGAACAGCUGGGACGGGGGACGGGACGCGGGAUGGUGACCCUAGGGAGGUAUCAAACGACGGCUGGCAGCGCCUGCCGCGGAGCAGCUGGCGGGACGUGCGGUACAAGGGCGACCCGAUGCUGGGCCCAGUGGCCAGCACCGAGGUCGCCUGGCUUGUCAGGGCGCUGGUCGCGCUCAGCGUGGCCAGCAAUCGGGCCCUGGGACUGGACCGGACGGCGGGUGGGGGGGCAGGGGAGGCGCCGGAGACGCGGUGGCAGGAAGCCGUCGCUGCGGCGGCGGCACGGGGUUGGAGGGUGAACUUAAGGCCGCUGGCGGACGUGAGGAACCUGGGCUGGACCCCUGUGGGCGUCCUUGUGCUGUACUGGGUCCUCUGGUGCCUGCGCGCGCUCGUGGGCCUGAUGCUGGGGUCGGGCGCGAGAGGCGCAGCCGGAGCGAUCACGUCUGCCUGA